GAAUGCUUUAAGAAUCUGGGGGGGAACUGGAGGACGGAAGUGACUGUUGGGCCGGCUGAGGUCGCUUUAAAUUCCCUUUCCCCCUCCCCCUUCCCAGGCUCAGCGCGGGCGUCAAUGGCGUUGGACGUGAAGUCGCGAGCGAAGCGCUACGAGAAACUCGACUUUCUCGGGGAGGGACAGUUCGCCACGGUUUACAAAGCCAGGGACAAGAACACGGGUCAGAUCGUCGCUAUUAAAAAAAUCAAACUUGGACAUAGAUCAGAAGCCAAAGAUGGUAUAAACAGAACAGCUUUGAGGGAAAUAAAAUUACUACAGGAACUAAGCCAUCCAAAUAUUAUUGGUCUCCUUGAUGCUUUUGGGCACAAGUCCAAUAUUAGUCUUGUCUUUGACUUUAUGGAAACUGAUCUAGAGGUAAUAAUAAAGGAUAAUAGUCUUGUGCUGACACCUUCACAUAUCAAAGCUUACAUGCUGAUGACUCUUCAAGGAUUAGAAUAUUUGCAUCAACACUGGAUUCUACAUCGGGAUCUGAAACCAAAUAACUUGCUGUUAGAUGAAAAUGGAGUUUUAAAACUGGCUGAUUUUGGCCUAGCUAAGUCAUUUGGGAGUCCCAAUAGAGCAUAUACACAUCAAGUUGUAACUAGAUGGUACCGAGCCCCUGAGCUCCUCUUUGGAGCUAGAAUGUAUGGUGUGGGGGUCGACAUGUGGGCUGUUGGCUGUAUAUUAGCAGAGUUGCUUCUGAGGGUUCCUUUUUUGCCAGGAGAUUCUGACCUUGAUCAACUAACAAGAAUAUUUGAAACUUUAGGAACACCCACAGAAGAGCAGUGGCCUGGUAUGUGUAGUCUUCCAGAUUAUGUGACAUUUAAGAGUUUCCCUGGAAUCCCUUUACAACAUAUCUUCAGUGCUGCAGGAGAUGACUUGCUAGACCUCAUACAAGGUUUAUUCACAUUUAAUCCUUGUACCCGGCUCACAGCUACUCAGGCAUUGAAAACUAAGUAUUUCAGUAACCGACCAGGGCCUACUCCUGGGUGCCAUCUGCCAAGACCAAACUGCCCUGCGGAGUCCCUGAAGGAGCAGCCAAAUCCAGCUGUAGCAGCAAAACGGAAACGGACUGAUGCCUUGGAACAAGGUGGAUUACCAAAAAAGCUGAUUUUUUAAUUACUGUGAGUACUGGACAGCAUUGUGCUGAUGAACAUAGAAAAAAAAAUAAUAAUGAGAAAAUACUAAACAUUAAAUGAAUGUUAUAAAAAGUGAAUUUGUAAAUAUUCUACACAUGUAAGAUAUGUAAAACUCUUGCUGAAAUAAAAUUCUUUUGUAAAAAAUUCAGGUUCCUUAAAUUACUUAUUCCAUAACUGAUUAUGACUUGACAUUCUGACUCAGAUUUUAAAGCACUGGUGCCCUAACGCUGCAGCUGUUUCACUUACUGAUCCUUUGUUUCUUCUCCCUUGCCAUUGUAUUUUGAUCGUUCCAUUGCUGGUUUAUACUCUUAACCAUUCGAAGAAAAAAUGGAUCCCAGAUUGUUGUUGAUUUUGACCUUUGUCCUGAAGGACAUUGAUGACUACAUAUAAAGAGCUGCAAAUGGAUUCUAUAGAUCACUAACCAAUAGAGACUUGA